AUGGACCCGGGCCGCAGAGCGAUGCUGUCUGGGCGCAGAUCCCCCAACCGCAGAGACCGUGAAAGAGACAGAGAUAUCGCGUCGCCGCGUCGCGACCCCAAUAACCGCAUCACCAAGCCUUCAAACCCUCCUCCGGCGUCCUCGAGGCCUCGUCAGAAAGACAACUCGAGCUAUAUGACACAGGAUGAGCAGUCCAGACAGUUUGUCGCCGACGAAGACAAGUUUGUUCUGAAACAGGCCAAGAAGAAGGCUGACAUUCGAGUUCGGGAAGGCCGAGCCAAGCCUAUUGAUCUCCUGGCCUUCAAUCUGCGCUUUAUCGAUUCCGAUCGAGAUGUCUUCGACGACGACGAUGCCGACCUGCAUGUUGAUGUGGCUUCUCCAGAGGAGGUGCUGCAGGGGCUGGACGAACCACAGCUGCGAGAGCUGGAUUCCGACAUCACGUCCUACCACACCCUGGAGCAGAACCAACGCAACCGCGAGUACUGGAAAGCCUUGCAAACCAUCUGCGCCGACAGGCGGCAGAAACUGAAACCGCAGGGCCCAGACGCCCGGGUCGUCAGCACAGUGUCAGAGGACGUCGACCGCAUUCUCCGCCCCAAGACGUACGAGCAACUCGAGGCCCUCGAAGCACAGAUCAAGGCCAAACUACGCUCCAACGACGAUAUCGAUGUCGACUACUGGGAGCAGCUUCUUGGUAGCCUGCUGGUCUGGAAGGCCAAGGCCAAGCUCAGGAAGAUCUGCGAUGCAAUCAGCGAGAGCAAGGCAACCAUGCUCAAGCUACAAGAUCCGGAAAAGGUCAAGGCUCUGGGGCAGCAGCAGCAGCAGCAACCCAGGCAGGCCGGGUCUAUUUCGGGCCCUACAGCCACCGGAAACCUGUCAUCUGAUCAACAAAGCAGGGCCGACACAAAGACGGUCUCUGUUCCGAGUGCAACCCAGGGUGGUGCGCCGCCACCGGGAACGGCUCGUUUUGCCCAGGUGGGCAACGAGGACUUCUCUCAGGCCACCAAGGCUCUCUACGAUCGCGAGGUCGCUCGUGGCAUCGGCGAGGACGAGGAGGUAUUCACCGCAGAGGAGGCCGUCCCCAGUGGCUCAAAGCCUCAGUGGGCUGACAAGUACCGGCCGAGGAAACCGAAAUACUUCAACCGUGUGCAGAUGGGCUACGAAUGGAACAAGUACAACCAGACGCAUUACGACCACGACAACCCGCCGCCCAAGGUUGUCCAGGGAUACAAGUUCAACAUCUUCUACCCCGAGCUCAUUGACAAGACAAAGGCGCCCACCUUCAAAAUCAUUCGCGAACACGGGAGGAAAAGGGGCGAGUCCUUUGCAGCUGCAGGGGAGGAGGAUACGUGCCUUAUCCGUUUCAUCGCGGGUCCUCCAUACGAAGACAUCGCAUUCCGCAUCGUGGAUCGCGAGUGGGAUUACAGUGCAAAGAGGGACCGCGGUUUCAAGAGUUCCUUUGACAAGGGCAUCUUGCAGCUACAUUUUCAGUUCAAGAAGAUCUACUAUCGGAAGUGA